AUGGAUGUGAACGUGAUAGAGAGGCAUUUUGCUGACAGCCAGCAGAUGUUCCAAACAUACCUCGACAAGUCAACACCAUACACACCAUACCGAUGGGGCGGAACAGCAACACUCUUCAUCCUCUUCGGUUUGCGCAUAUUCUUCGCACAAGGAUGGUAUAUCGUCGCAUACUCGCUAGGCAUCUACCUGCUAAACCUCUUCCUCGCCUUCCUCUCUCCCAAAUUCGACCCCGCGCUGGAACAAGACGAAGGCAUGGAGGACGGCAACGCCAACGGCCUGCCGACCAAAGAAGACCAAGAGUUCCGGCCGUUUGUGCGCCGGCUCCCAGAGUUUAAGUUCUGGUACUCGACCACCCGCGCGAUUACUAUUGGCUUUUUCUGCAGCUGGUUUGAAAUCUUCAACCUGCCAGUUUUCUGGCCCGUCUUGCUGGUGUACUGGCUGAUUCUGUUCGGCCUGACGAGUGAGUUCACACACUUUUGA